AUGCAGCAAUCACGAUGGCUCCGACCCAGCCCAGGAACCGAGUGCUAUGUUGAGGCGGCUCCCACAGGCAGUGCCGCCGCUGAGGAAUAUGACAUUAUAGUGCCAUUCUAUCACAAGGCCUUUCAGCACCAUGCUGUUGAUAUCGGUCCAUUUGUCUCAUUUGCAGAUUUGUGCUCUGGCCGGAGGGUCCUAGGUUUUGGCUGCGGUGCUGGAUGGGUCACUGCACAAGCAGCCUCCCGAGUAGGGCAAAGGGUCAAGCCAUCGCCAUUGAUGCCAGUGCAAUUUCUCCGUCACCUCACAAACAUACCUGUCGCUCGAGGCUUGAUCGUGUCCAGCCAGGACCAUGAGCACCAUGAUCUUGCUUACAUCGGCCCACUCCCCUUUGACAGUUCGGAUACUGAGGAGCUGCAUUGGCAUGGCAGAGAGAUGGGUGUGUCUCAAAAGAGCGUUCAAGACAGUAUCUGGGAUACUUUAAGGGAUCAUGAAGGACAGGAGGAAAAGAAAGCAGAACAUUGCCAUCAAGAAUGUUUCAAUCCUUGUGGCGGCCACGCGUCCGGAUCCUCAGGGCAGCGAUCUAGCUGA